CUAAUCAGCAGCGAGUAAUCCCAGCAGCCAGCCACGGUAGGAGGGGUCCGAGCAGAGCGCUCAGUGAAGCCUGACGGCUGCAGGCAUCGGUGACUUCUCGCCCAUGCCCCGCCCCCUCUCUUCCAUCCAGCCGCGUCAUUGGACGGCGGGCGCUGGCGAGCGCCGUGGGAGGAGCAAGGCGAGAUCGGGACGUCAUGAAGGAACGGGCUGCUGAGCUCCCCUCCCCUACUCAUAUUCUCCAAGCCCACCUACGCCGUCUCCGUAGCGUAGCUGCAGCUCUGUGCCUGGGCGCUACGUCACUGGGGAGAAAGGGAGGAGAGCAUUGCAGGAGAAGAAAAAAAAAAAAAAAAACCCGACAGGCAAAUGCGGUCAGUCCGCGGACGGAGGGUGACAAAGGGAGAGCGAGCGAGCUGGGAGCCGAGACCGGGCCGGGCAACGGGGGGAAGCACCGGACUCUCUGCCGCCUGACAUCGCUGAGCAGCCGUUACCCGCCGGGCGGGCACCCGGAUCACCCGCUCAUUGUCUGGGCCUGCUUCUGGGGGAAAGGGACCGCCAUGGCCGCAGUGUCUGCUCCCCCUGCUGAGUGAGAGGCCCCUGGGGCAGGACUGACCCCCCCUCCCCCCAAUAUCACUUACCCCCUCACCAUCCUGAGACCCCCCCCCCCCACAAUAUCACCAUCCUGAGAGACCCCCCCCACAAUAUCACCAUCCUCAGAGACCCCCUCAAUAUCACCAUCCUCAGAGACCCCCCCCCAAUAUCACCAUCCUGAGACCCCCCCAAUAUCACCAUCCUGAGACCCCCCCAAUAUCACCAUCCUGAGACCCCCCCAAUAUCACCAUCCUGAGUCCCCCCUCCUAAUAUCACCUACCUCCCCCCAAAUAUCACCUACCCCCCCAUCCUGAGACCCCUCACCCCAAAUAGCAUCUGCCACCCCCCAACCUGAUACACCUCCCAAAUCCUCAGCCCCCCCCACCAGUUUAAGCCCCCCUAAAAUCCCCCCCCCCACACAUGAACAAAAAAUCUGAAACACCCCAAUAUUAUCCACCCCCUGUAUGAGGUCCCCCCCAUAAUAUCACUAACCCCCAAAGAAAAUCUGAGGGAUACCUAGACAUCUUCCACCCCCCCCAUAACCUCAAUAGCACCCCCAAAUCUCACUGACACCUAACACCCCCCUCCCCUAGGUGAAGGAUUCCGCAGUCACCUACACCCCAAUCUGCCCCAGCCUCACUUAGCCGCCACGGCCUGAGGCCCCUCUCCCCGCAUUUUUCCCUGUCCGUCUCCCACAUGGACCUGUGACCCCCCCCCCCACCUGCCGCUGAGCACUGGAGCGCUGACUCGGGGGAUGCUGGAUAAGGAGUGACCUGCACAGACAUAGGGGAGGAGGGAUACAGCGGCAUUACACGAGGGGUGGAGGGACCACCACUACCUAUAACCCCCCCCCCCAUUGAAUCUUGAAGGGGUGCAAGGUUGCUCGGCCGGGGUCCCGGGCCUUGAUGAACUGUCCUCUGCCUGGCUUGUAUAAGGAAGAGUGACGGAGGUGCACCAUGUCGGGGAGGCCGCGAACCACUUCCUUUGCAGAGAGCUGCAAGCCUGUGCAACAGCCGUCAUCUUUUGGCAGCAUGAAAGUCAGCCGAGACAAAGAUGGCAGCAAAGUUACCACUGUGGUUGCCACUCCGGGCCAGGGUCCCGACCGCCAGCAAGAGGUCAGCUACACGGACACAAAGGUCAUCGGCAAUGGAUCGUUUGGUGUGGUUUAUCAGGCCAAGCUGUGCGACUCGGGGGAGCUGGUGGCCAUUAAAAAGGUUCUGCAGGACAAGAGGUUCAAGAACCGAGAGCUGCAAAUCAUGAGGAAGCUGGAUCACUGCAAUAUCGUACGACUUCGUUAUUUUUUCUACUCCAGCGGAGAGAAGAAAGACGAGGUCUACCUAAACCUGGUGCUGGACUACGUGCCGGAAACAGUGUACAGAGUUGCGAGACAUUACAGCCGGGCAAAGCAAGCUCUACCCAUGAUCUAUGUUAAGUUGUACAUGUACCAGCUGUUCCGCAGUUUAGCCUAUAUCCAUUCCUUUGGGAUCUGCCACCGGGAUAUCAAACCACAGAACCUGCUGCUGGACCCGGACACAGCCGUGCUAAAGCUCUGUGACUUUGGCAGUGCGAAGCAGCUGGUCCGCGGGGAACCCAAUGUCUCUUACAUCUGCUCUCGGUACUAUCGGGCUCCAGAGUUGAUCUUUGGGGCCACUGAUUACACUUCCAGCAUAGAUGUGUGGUCAGCGGGCUGCGUGUUGGCGGAGCUCCUCCUGGGCCAGCCCAUAUUUCCCGGCGACAGCGGCGUAGACCAGCUUGUAGAGAUCAUUAAGGUCCUGGGCACACCCACACGGGAACAAAUCAGAGAAAUGAACCCCAACUACACAGAGUUCAAGUUCCCCCAGAUAAAGGCGCACCCCUGGACUAAGGGUUAUGUCUUUUUGCAGGUUUUCCGAGCCCGGACACCGCCAGAGGCCAUUGCACUGUGCAGCCGGCUGCUGGAGUACACACCCACUGCCCGUCUCACCCCUCUGGAUGCCUGUGCCCACUCCUUCUUCGAUGAGCUGCGAGACCCCAAUCCCAAGCUUCCCAAUGGCCGUGAAUUUCCUGCACUGUUUAACUUUACCACUCAAGAACUGUCCAGCAACCCCUCCUUAUCGUCUAUUCUCAUCCCAGCCCACGCUCGAAACCAGGCCUCUGUGUCUACGCCCUUGAACGCCCCUGCCACGUCAGAUUCCAACUCGGGGGACCGCGGCCCGACCAACAACGCAGCCUCAGCAUCAGCCUCCAACUCCUCCUGAAGCAACCCCGACGCAUGCUCCUCGCACGAGCGACUCGGAAACGGGCAAAGUAGCAAGAGGGUGGGGAACGAGAGAGGGGGUAGCACACACCCUGACCCCGGACUCUUCCACAAAACACUGGCCACAUCUAUCAAGGAAUGAGAAUAUAUAUAUAUAUAUAUAUAUAUAUAUAUAUAUAUAUAUACUGUAAAGGAAAUGCCAUCCUCUGUUGAUUUUAGUGGUUCAGUUUUUUAUUAUUAUAAUUAUUAUUAUUAUUUAACCUUGUAAAAUAUCUAUAAAUACAGGUUUUUGUUUUGUUUUUUUAUUUUAUUUCUAAAUCUCACUCCGUAGGAGUUUCCUGGGCGAGAGGGGAGAGAAGCCGCGUCUCUCCUGGGCACUUCCAUCCUGCCGGUAGAGGAGCCGCCACGGCGGCGGCGCUUUGCCCUCUCAGACCCCAGCCCUGCCGUUUGCUAUGGAUUUGCGCCGUAGUCACCAGGGCCAGUGAGUGUCGGGGCUGGUCUCCCAUCAUCACGCCGGAUCGAAUCUCGGAGUGCCUUAUUGUAUGUGACCCGUAUAGGCAGGCAGUUCUGUACUCCACCACCUCAUGUAAUGCUGUCUCAGCAUUUAUGUAUAUCUGUAAAUGUCGCUUUCCUCUGUGGGGGGGGGUUACAGAAUGGUGAGGACGGUAUGGAAGGAGCACUCUGGACGCGGCGGGAGAGGGGGGGUCCGGUAUGUAAGUAAAGACGUUUGCCGGGAAACAGGCCGUUAUUUCACCCUUUGCUGGGCUGUACAAUGAGCUCUUUUUGCUGGACUAGCUUAGCCCCCCCCCCCAAAGCUAUACGUUGUAUAUUGCAUCUGCGCCAGCAUGUUACAGCCAUAUAUUGCGAUUGCUGAUGGUGUGAACCUGCCCGGCCAUUAACCCUUUCACUGCAGCCAGGGCCGCCCCGGCUUAGGGUAUUCCUUCCAUGGGACAGUGUACCUGUAUAGAGUUGUGGCAUAGGUAUAUCCGCAGCUAUCUGUGCCAAACGUGUGCACUGUUCUCACUCUCGCGCCCUAUGUUGUCUAAGCUAUUGUUCGUUCUAACCUUCCAUUGCAGCACGACGGAGCUCUUGCAUGAAGGUGGCUCUCUCCGGCCCCGCGUCUGGGGUCCUCUCUUCAGUAACCGGUAUCCCACCGUACAUUUACUAUAUAACUGUAGUACAAAGUGAUGGAAGCAUUUAGUGGUUUUAGCAGAAUUUUAUGUCCAUUCUCUUAGGUCUAGUCAGUGAGGCAUGAGGUAUGAAUUGCCUCUUUUGAAUUGAUUUUUUUUUGCAUUGUCAUGACUUAAUUCCACCCCCCAUUUGCCGGACUUUAUUACCUGCAAUCGAAUAGAGUUUGCGGCAUAAGCAAUUGGCAUUUGCACACCUGCAUUUGUCUUACCUCUGUGGCACUGCCCCUGCUAUAGGGGAUGCUCUGUAUGUUGUCAGAUAUGGUUACGGUACAUGGAUCAGUCCGAUGGCUCCAUGCACCAGCUGGUAUUUACCGCCGAACCAUCACACUGUAUCACCCCAAGCAAUGGUAAUGCAAGUAUUUCUGAGCGCACCAUCUGCACCUCCAGUGUUGUAUUGUGCAGUUGUGUGUGUUACCUGGCUGGCAGCGCGGGGUGAAGUAUUAUUGUCACACUGGCCUGUGUACCUACACCCUUCCUUUCUGCAAUUGAAAGCGCUUUGAUACCAUACUUGUAUCCUCUUCCCCAGGGCGCAGUGUGGACGGUAUUCCAGAGUAUUCUGUGGCACCGCCUGCAGAUAUGACCGGAGGUUAUCCCUCAUCUCCCUGGUUCUGUCACCAAGCACCGAAUUGUGUCGCUGUGUUGUAACGUUACACUAUUUCCCCUACACCUGCGUAUUCCUUGCCUGCUAGUACCACCCUGGUCUCUGUGGCUCCCGUGAGUCCGCAGCAAGAGCUGUCUGCGCCUAACUGUCAUGGUCGCUCUCCAUAAAUCCAACUUUCAGUACCUGGAUUUUGUUUCGUUUUUUCCCAUGUCUGCUGUGAAAGGGUUAAGUGGCCACAGGUGAGUCACCUAGGAAUCCGAUUUCACAGGUUUUCCCAAAAUAUUCUAAAAUGCAGAUAUAUUUUAGUUCGGUCACCUGCUGCGUUGUUCCGCUGUAGAAUAAACCGGUUGUACAGAAAGCAUAGACAUUUCACGAGUCUCAGUUGCUGCCCCCGAUAAAGCACAGUUGCAUGCAUUACAUGAAUUUGCAUAUUACGGAGCCGCACAGUUCUCCCGGAAGUCGCCAUCCGGCAGAGCACGGGGGGAAUUCGCAGUGAUUCAUUAGGGCCGGAAGGGGCAGGUUCCAGACAGUUUUGUCCGCUAAAAAUGUUUUCUUCUGGUCUUGUGCAAACAAAAAAAAACUGCAAUAAUGGAUUUUAUUUUGUUUUUUUAAAGUCUUACAUGACGUGGGUUGGAAAAGGGACGUGAACGGCAGUGUGCUUCAGAAUGUAGCCUACAGCUGUGAUUUUCUUCUUUAUAGAAUUAUAUAUACAUAUAUAUAUAUAUAUAUAUAAAUAUUUUAUUUUAUGUUUUUGUUUUUUAUUUUUGCUUUUGCCUGUAAUAUCGCUUCAACAUGUGUUACUGAUGGAUGACUUGGCGUAACGAACAGGAACUCUCCAUCAGAGUAUGCGAGCAAAAAAAAAAAAACCCCACACCCAGGACUGGUUACUACGAGAUACCGCAUUCACGCUCAAGAAACUAUGUGUAUAACAUGAUUACUACUUGAAUGCCUUUGUGACUGAAAAUUUGUAUUUUAUUUAGACCUGCGCUGCGUCUGAGAACCCCCGACAGCGAAGAGGUCACAUAUUUUUUAUUAUUUUAUUAUGUCUGAAAGUAUAUUGCCUAUAGCCGCCUCUCCUCCCUCCAUCCCCCUUUCCUCUUUGUAAAUACAUUUUGUUCUGUGUGACACAAUUCCGGAAACAGUUAACUGGUAUCUGUAAUUUGCAUUAAAUAAAAAAAAAAUAUGUA